GCCGUGUACUGCUGCUCGAUAACUCCGUGUGAAAGCGUUCAAGAUGCAACAUACAGGUACCUUGCCCAUCCUGCAUACUAACUACCUCAAAACGCCUCGUAUUCGAUCGUUCGAACGAGGAAGUCGUAUGAUUGUGAUGCAGAUGUGCUUAUUUCGAGAGUUUUUGAAGCUUCCGGCACCGACGCAGCUCAGCUUUUUGCGUGGCAACUUGAAGCGCUCACCUAUUCUUGGGCUCGGUAACACGAUGCAUCCCAUACACACGAACUCGUGCGACAACAACGCGGGUGCAUGUGCUCUUAAUGAUGGCCGAGGAGCGGGAUGCUCUCAUUGUGUGUGCUGGUGCCGUUUAUGAAUUGCAGGCGCAGCGAUUCACUAGGAACUGAUUUCCUGCUUUCGAUCUUAUCCCUCAUUUCACCCUCUCACUGAUCUUUCUCCAAUGUACAACUCAUCAGGAUAUAGUCAGGCUACGCAAAUUGAAGAUGAGGCACCGUUCGUCAUAGGAUACGCGCUCUCCUUCGGUUUCAUGGGUGUUUUUCUCGUCCAAGUGUUCACAUUCUCACUACGAGCUCACGGAGACUACAAAUGGGCCAAGUAUCUGGUCACAACGAUAACCAUCCUCGAAACGCUCAUCACUGCUUUCAUAUUUCACGGCUUCUGGAUUGGUGUGAAGGUUUUCGGGUCGUAUCUGUCUGCGGCUGUCACCGGCGACGGGAACAUUCAAGUGUCUUCUGACAUAGCAGUACCCGACCCCUUGUGGUCUUUCAAGGCUCUCGCACCCCUCACGGGAAUUUGCAGUUUCGCCAUGCACGCUUUCUUCUCUUGGAGAAUAUGGGUUCUCCGGAGAACAGCGGUCAUACCAGCAACUAUCAUGGCGUUCUCAACUGUACACCUUGUCACUAUGUCUUACGGUGGGGUAUUGCAGGGUCUGUCGGCGGAUCCCAACGCCGACUCGAGAAUCCCGUUUUACAUCCCUGUAGCUUUUGUAGCCGCCUUGAUCAGCAACACGCUGAUUUCUGGCUUCAUGCUAUCCUGCCUUUCAUUUCAGAGGACCAUGACCAUCUCAACACGUGUCUUGAAAGUGACAGUCGAGAGUGGGUUAAUAACCGUUCCACUGACCGUUCUUGAGCUGGCCCUCGGUAUCGCUGCUCGACAGACGCUAUAUCAUCUUGCAGUUUUCUACCUGACGUCCAAAAUCUAUGCAAUAUGCAUUCUCUCCUCUCUCAACGCACGGGUAUUGGGAACACGGGACAACGACGCGCUAUGGGACGACCUCAACGAAAGCUCGAGAUCAUCGUCUAUGAACUCCAUGUCGACGCCUGCGCAUUAUAUCAACCCUUUCGGAGCCAGUGCUCGUUUGAAAAAACCGGACGCUAAAUCGGGCGCUCAGCUGGUGCAGUCGCCCGCCCCGCAAUCAGCCAACCAUCAUACGCCCGAGGUGACCGAAGUGUUCGGGCCGGGAUAUGUCCGACAUGGUGUUAUUGACCGCUCCUCGUUCACCAAUGAAUCGUCUGGGGAAGGACACCGGACCAAUGUCGGGCAUCGUACACUACACCAUGGGGGCGAGCUGGGGCAGGGAACUGCUGGACAUAGUAAUGCGCUGCUAGUCUCGUACCACCCCUUUCAGAACAUGUAA